AUAAAUCUUCAAAUCAAUCACGUGUUCUCGUAAUUAGAAAUUGGAGAAAACCAGGAGAAAAACUUGAAACUUUUCCCUAAAAACUAGAGACUAGUGAGUGAGAUAGUAGAUAUGUGCAGUGGGUAGGGAAGCCAGUCAAUGUUUGCGGGUAGGCACACGUACGCAGUGCAAAAGGCUGAGGAGAGACUCAGGAGAGAAGCAAGAGGAGGAGGAGGCGGCGGAGGAGGUUGUGUGAGUGAGGAGGACCAGAGGAGAAUGCAGGAGGUGAGGCUGACCGGCUUUGCGCCCAAUGCGGCUGCUGAGGAGAGGCUAGCAGGAGGUGGAGGAGGAGGAGGAGGACAUACCAAUGUAGGAUUUCAUGGUGAACCCGACGACAACCUUACCUCAAAUAAUACAAAAGACAGACACGUGUGUGUGACGGUUCCGAACGGCGCGGGCGGCGGAGACCCUUCGAAGAAGUCACUCUCGGACAACGACGGGACGGAGAAUGACAGAGGGUGCUGGGAUUGGGUGGCUGAACGCACCCGACGCAGCCUCACACGGAAGGUGCUGGUGAAGAGGGUGCCUGUGCUGGGGUGGCUGCCUCGCUACAACCCUCCCACAGCUGUUGCCGACCUGUUGGCGGGUAUCACGGUCGGGUUCACAGUUAUACCGCAAGCCAUCGCUUAUGCCAAUGUUGCCGGACUACCUCCUCAGUAUGGCCUGUAUUCCUCAUUCAUGGCGUGUUUCGUUUACACGAUAUUCGGCAGCUGUAAGGACAGUCCAAUUGGACCGACGGCCAUCAUGGCCAUCUUGACGAGAGAGAACCUGCACAACAUUGGACCUCAGGGCGCCGUCCUGCUCUGCUUCCUCACUGGCUGUGUACAACUCAUUAUGGGCGUGGCCCAAUUAGGUUUCCUGAUAGACUUCAUCUCGGGCCCGGUGUCGGUUGGCUUCACGUCGGCGGCGGCCAUCAUAAUCGCCACGUCGCAGGUGAAGGACCUCUUGGGCCUGAGCUAUUCGGCCAGUGACUUCAUCCACGCCUGGAAUCAGAUAGCGCUGCACAUCAAGGACACGCAGCCCUGCGACGCACUGCUCGGUCUCUCCUGUAUGGCCAUUCUGCUGCUACUCAGGAAAGUGAAGGACAUCAACGUGGGUCCAGUGGACACGAAGGACAAGACUUCGACGCAGAAGCGACUGGAGGCGCUGCUCUGGUUCAUCUCGACGUCAAGGAACAUCCUCGUCGUGGUGGUGUGUGCUCUCAUGGCCUACAUGUUCGAGCAGCAUGGUGCUAAACCGUUUGCACUUUCAGGUGAAAUAAAGCCAGGUCUUCCCAGCUUCCAGAGUCCGCCGUUCUCAAUAGACAACGGCGAACGCACUGUGGGCUUCCUGGAGUUGUGCUCUAGUCUCGGAUCAGCAAUCAUCGUUCUACCUCUUCUGUCUCUAGUCGAGAAUAUUUCACUGGCCAAAGUCUUUUCUGAAGGCAAAACGAUAGACGCGACUCAGGAAAUGCUGGCACUGGGGCUGUGCAACUUUGCGUCGUCGUUCUUCGGCUCGAUGCCCGUCUCGGGCGCCCUGUCCCGGGGGGCCGUCAACAAUGCUAGUGGAGUGCAGACCACAUUUGGCGGCAUCUACACAGGAAUAAUUGUGAUAGUUUCUCUACAAUACUUCACACCUUGUUUCUACUACAUCCCCAAAGCAUCACUGGCAGCCGUCAUUAUAGCUGCAGUCGUAUUCAUGGUGGAGUUUCAUGUUGUCAAACCAAUAUGGAGAACAAAUAAAAUGGAUUUGAUUCCUGCAGCGGCAACAUUCCUGUCGUGUCUGUUGUACAGACUGGAACUGGGAAUUGUGAUUGGAAUCGGCAUCAACGUUCUUUUCCUGUUGUACGCCUCAGCUAGGCCCACCAUGCAUGUCGAAAAGCAUAGAUCGGAGUGGGGCGGUGAGUACCUGAUCAUUACUCCGGACCGGAGCCUGGCGUUCCCCUCAGUGGAGUAUGUGCGUAAUGUAGUGAGCAAAGUGGGCGUCAAACAGGGCAGCAGCUCCAUUCCUGUGGUCAUCGACAGUCGACACGUUCAGUGUGCCGAUUUCACUGCCGCCAAGGGAGUAUCAGGACUGAUUGACGAUUUCGUAAAGAGGAACCAGCCUCUACUGUUCUAUAAUCUGAAACCAACCGUUGUCGAUGUCUUCAAAGCAGUUCAACCAGUCAAAUUUCUCCACUGUCAGACAGAGACGGAACUAUACGAUCUAUUGAAAGCAUACACGACCAAAUCGCCAGCAAUAAUGAGCAGCCAAACAAAUAAUGUGAGAGGAGGCAAAUCCUAAAGGAUGUGAUUUUCCAAUCCAGAGAAUCACAUCCCACAAAAGUCUUCCCACGAGAGCCUUUUACCUCAAACGGCUAUUAUUGGAUAGCAAAUAGCAUCAUAGAUACUCUUCAAUCGGUUCAGACAACCCACUUGGACAAUCAAGACUGAGUGUAAUCUGAUAAAUGUAUCAAGUAAAUAUAGUUGAUGAACUCAAUAGUGAACGAGUGUUGUAAAUAGUUUAUGGUAUAUUAAGUGAACAAGUUUGAACAUUCCUUAUGUGAGUAACGUUGAUAUUGUUGAUUGCUGUAGUUCUCGGAAAUAGCAGUAUUUUGUUAAUAUGAAAAAUAUGUGAUAUAUUAUUAUGAUAAUACUAUCGUCUAUUUCUAAUUUCGUUAUAGUUUGUUGAUUAAUUCAAUAGAUAGAGACUUCUAUUUUAUGUACAGUGGAAAAUAUAGAUGUAAGAUUUAUAGUAACAUUGAUGAAUUAUUUUAAUUCAAGAACAAACCAAAGUGAUAUCUUAUAAAAUGGUUUUUGGUGCAAGUGAAGCUGACAUAUUGCUUAAAAAACUGUACAACCUAUGUUUACAAUAAAUACAAAUACAUUUUGAUUCAUUAAA